CUUCCCUUACUCCGAGAAUCAAAGAAUAACAAUAACACAGAGAAUACAUCGUGAUACUUUGUCCCAGAAGAGGACGGAAAUCCAUAGAGAAAGGAAGAAUAUCGAAAAUCUCAUGGAGUGUGAGCGUUAGAUUAGAAUGAUUAGAUUUUUGCCUACAUGUGUAUAGUGUAUUAAAAAUUCAUAAGCACAAAUAGAUAUUCUUCUUUAUUAAUGAGAGUUAAACAUAAUAAACGGAUAAAGGAAAAGAGAACUAAGUUGAAAAAAAUUAAAACACAAUUGACAACAGGAAAGGUAAUAAAACAUUCUCUCAGCAAAAGUAAAUCUAUGUGUGCUUACAAAGAUAACGCUAUAAAUUCAGUAGAUAAUAUGGACAUUGAUAAUGCCCAAAAUAUUCCUUCAGGUUCCAUGGUUGAUACCAUAAAAUGGAAUAGUUCUGAGGAACAGAUAGAUAAGAAGAUAGAGAAUGAUUGGAAGUUGGAUAAGUCUGAGGAAGAAACGGAAGAAGAUAUAGAUGAUUGGACUCAAAUUGUUCCAAAAGAAAAAAGAAAUAUUGAAUCACCAUUUGUAAUUGAAAUGCGAUCAGAUGAUGUUGUGUCAUUAAAUCUGCCAGAGAUAUUUGAACAAGAACAAAAAACAAAUGACAAGAAAACAUUUUACAAUGACAUCUUUGAAAUUGAUACACCGUCCAAUGAAGCAAGCAUUAUAGUUGCUAAAUCUAUAAGUCUUAAGCAUAACAUUCAUACGCAAAUGCAAACAUCAUCUGUCUCACCAAGUACAAGUGAAAACAAAGAUAAAAAUGAGAAUAAAUUAGAAAAUAUUACUAUGAAUAAUAUGACCAGUCCUAAAAAAAAUUCUACACGUAAAAAACUCAUCAAAAAUAAAAAAUCUGUAAAUUGUGAUACAGAAAAGUUACAGAAAAACCCUCGUAAAAAUCACAUACAUAAGCCCACACAGAACAAAAAGGCAGAAUUUUAUUGCAUAAGAAACAUAGUUAUUGUUAUAAUGAAAAGCGAGAGCAAAUUAUGUUUCAUCGGUAAACUGUUGGUAAAAGUGUUAUAUGGUGCUGUGCAAAUUUAUGGACAUAUAUUAAAUAAGUCAUCCAACACCACGGAAGUGUAUUCUCCGCGAGGAUAUAGUAAUAUUGUUAUAGAAACGAGCAAGGUACAUUCCGAAGAUAACAAUAUCGAUGAUAUCUGGACAGCACUCGCCGCGGAAGGUAUCACCCGAGAUUCGGAGAGCAAACUGCAAACCGAUAUCAAUAAUGUUCGACCAGGAGACACUGUCCUCGUGUUGCAGAAUUUCGAAAACAACCUGACUAUGUUUUUGAAAACUUACUUCCCGUAUUUCAAAUUAUUUCCGGAUGUAAAUAAUUCCUGCUAUUAUCCUUGGACAGACCCCAAGCGAGCUGAGAUAAUAUUGCAAGCCAAUCUACAUUUCGAGCAAUACAACGAUUCCAAUUGUAAACGAUUGAUUACUGAUCCGUGUAUUACUAAUAUCGCUCAGAAAAUGUUGAGUCGCUGGCGCGCGAAUGAAUGGUCCUGUACGCUGAUCGCUGGCGGGAAAAACGUCGGCAAGUCCACCAGCGUGCGAUAUUUGAUUAAUAAUCUGUUGCAUACGUGUGAAAGGGUGAUCCUACUGGACGUAGAUCCUGGUCAGGCGGAGUGCACGCCGCCCAGCUGUAUCUCGUACAGUUUGAUCGAGGAGCCGCUAAUGGGACCAAAUUUCACACAUUUGAAAACACCGGUUUACCAGCUGUUCAUCGACGACGUGAAUGUCUCCCAUUGUGUCACGCGCUACCUGGAAGGUGUUAAGAUGCUGAUCGAGAGACUAAAGGAGCAUCCUGAACUAUCUCGUUUACCUGUCGUGGUAAACACGAUGGGUUUCACACAAAAUCUAGGUUGGGAUAUCGCGAUUUUUACGAUAAAACUCAUCAGGCCAUCGAUUAUCAUGCAGAUUAUGUCCUCGAAAAAAAAGAAUAAUUACAAUAAUGUCCUCAGUGCGGAAAUCGUAAAUAAACAGGAAUUCCCGUGGACGUUUUGCUAUGAAGCAUUUAUUGAUUGGGAUAGGCCGUGCGAGUAUGAUUUGCAUGUAAUUCAAUCUCAAGCCGAAGGCAGCGUAAUGCAAACGAUGGAUCAAGGACCAAACCAGUGGAAUAUGGAACCGUAUCAGCAACGCGAGCUUGUGAUGAUGUCUUAUCUCAGCGAUAUCGUACGCGACAAUGAUGAUUCUCCUCACUACCACAUAAGACUGUCGCACAGCAUCAAUCAAGUAGUGCCAUAUACAGCGCCUUUCUCUUCCUUGUGCAUUAUUCCCCAGCGAUUGUUCGGUGUACCGGCGUCACGAGCUUUGAGCGUUGUAAAUGGUAAUAUUGUGGCGCUGUGUGGUACAGAUUUAACGGAGGAAUCUUCGCAGAAGUCGGCGAAUAUCUCCACUCUUCGGGUAUUGACGCAAAGAUCGCCCUUAUGCACAUGUUACGGCUUCGGAAUAGUUCGAGGUGUUGAUAUGAAACAACAGCAAGUGUACAUAAACACGCCAUUGCCGAUAUCGAUCAUGCAACAUGUUAACUGCUUAGCUGGUUGCAUUCGCGUUCCUCCGAUGCUGUUACAGUUAUAUCCAGGCGCACCUUAUGUCAGUGGAAAUGUAACAUUACCGACGAGUCGCGAGCCACGUAAAGGAUACUUUCGGAUGAGAUAUCAAAAGAAACAAAGUCCUAAUAAAUCCUAAUGAUAAAACAUUUGUAUAAGUAUAUACAACUAUACAUACUAUACAACCUGCGCCUUCAUGUUCAUGAUUGAUUUUCCAUUAGAGAUGGACACGGAAAAAGAGUGUUUUAUGAAUAUAACAUAGUUGUAGAUAUAUUUUAUAUAUAUAUAGUGUUGCGGGCAACUUGCAACAUAAAAAGACCAAUAUCAAACGACGCAUAGAAUUUAGUAUAUAUAAAUGUACAAGUUUCUUGCACCUAAUCAUUGGCAAAUAACAUUUA